AUGUUCCGUCAAAGCAUUCGACGCUUUGGAACCACUGCCCUUCGGACUGCGGCCGCGGAGUCUUACACCGCCCGGGUAUCCACGGCGCAGGGCGUUGUGAAUGGACUAACGGAAGCAAUUGGAAACACCCCUCUGAUCCGCUUGAAGCGACUCUCCGAAGAAACCGGGUGCAAUGUCCUGGGCAAAGCCGAAUUCCAGAACCCCGGUGGAAGUGUGAAGGACCGCGCUGCACUGUUCGUGGUUGAAGAUGCUGAGAAGAAGGGAUUGCUGCGUCCCGGUGGCACCGUGGUGGAGGGAACAGCAGGAAACACAGGAAUUGGCCUGGCCCAUGUGUGUCGCUCCAAGGGCUACAAGCUGGUCAUCUACAUGCCCAACACCCAAUCGCAGGGCAAGAUUGACCUGCUUCGACUGCUUGGUGCGGAGGUCUACCCAGUCCCCGCCGUCGCCUUUGACAACCCCGAAAACUACAACCAUCAGGCACGUCGUCAUGCUGAGUCGCUGGACAAUGCCGUGUGGACCAACCAAUUCGACAACAGCGCCAAUCGCCAAGCUCACAUCGAAACAACUGGUCCAGAGAUCUGGGCACAGACGGCCGGCAAGAUCGAUGCAUUCACCUGUGCCACUGGUACCGGUGGAACGCUUGCUGGAAUCACUCGCUACCUCAAGACCGCCAGUGACGGUCGGGUGAAGAGCUUCCUGGCCGACCCGCCAGGCAGUGUCCUGCACAGCUACAUCCAGAGUGGUGGUAAGCUGAUUGACCGCUCUGGUGGCAGCAUCACCGAGGGCAUUGGACAGGGUCGUGUGACGGACAAUCUGCAGCCUGAUAUUGACCUCCUCGAUGGCUCUCUGAACAUCCCCGACGAGAAGACCAUUGAGAUGGUCUACCGCUGCCUGGAUGAAGAGGGUCUGUAUCUCGGAGCCAGCUCUGCAUUGAACGUGGUGGCUGCCAAGGAAGUGGCCGAGAAGCUCGGCAAGGGCAGCACAGUGGUGACUAUCCUUUGCGACGGCGCCUACCGCUACGCUGACCGGUUGUUCUCCAACACUUGGCUUGAGUCGAAGAACCUGCGGUCAUCCAUUCCCAAGCAUCUGGAAAAGUAUAUUGUGUUGCCUUGA